AUGAACAAGAAACCAGUUGCAAUUUGCGAUAUGGCGCAAAACUCGUCCGAAUGUUAUCACAAUUGUGCGGCCGAUGCAAUUUAUGUGAAGUUGAAAACGAAUCGAACGUUUGAAGGACAUGUGCAUAUGAAAUUCGUCUCAAACAAACAAUGUUACCAGGUAAUGACUCUUUCAGUAACGAUUGAAAAUUUGAAGAAUUCGAAAUCGCCGCCGGGAGUUUUUCUCGAGGCUUCAUUAGCGGUUUCGUUUCAUCCCGAGUUCACCACAGCCGACGAUCGUAUCUUCCAUUUUCGUUGUUUCCAUCAACGUACGUCAUCGAAAGAUGUGCAAGCCACGGGUAGUCCGACAGAACCACCCCAAGAUUCUACUCGUUCACCGCUCUGCUCUUACACAGUUCGUAAAUGGAUGAAUGGUCCCUUAGUAGGGACGGUCCUGCUGGGACAGGUGGUAUUUCAUCAGUGGAGUUGUGAAAACGAACAAGACACAUGUUUGAUAGUCCACAGUUGUUCGGUGGUUGGUAGUGAGACGAAACAACACAUGCUGAUGGAUACGGAUGGAUGUUCCAAGGACACAAAAAUCCUCCCUAACCUUGAAUAUAUCGGUCCGUCGAUGGUCGGUCAAAAUGUGAGCGUCUUCGGAAUCUCUCAAACUUCACUGAUCUAUUUCGAAUGCAAUUUGAUCUUGAUCCCGAAAAUUGAUGGACAGUGUGAAGUACCACAAUGUACGGAGACAGCAAAUCGCACAAGAUGGCCGUCUUCGCAGCGUUCGUUGCAGUCAUGA